CGCACAAUGCAAACGGUUCUAUCGUUAACGACAUCAGGCACGAUGCAAUCGAAAAACUCCUCAGAUUCGUCGCCAGAUACUACCAUGAUCGUGGGGACUGUCCGCGGCAGAGCCCGCCCACGAAAGGGACACACAAAAUCGAGAAAUGGUUGCAUCAACUGCAAGAGGCGCAGAGUGAAAUGCCCAGAGACGCUUCCAGAGUGUGAGAAUUGCAGGCGCCUUGGCAUGAAGUGUGAGUACUCAACGCGACGUAUUAUGAUGGAUGCGCCCUCCAGGCCACUUCAAUCGACACCUACCCAAUUCACGAUGGAUGAUCUGCGGCUAUAUCAGCACUUCAUCUUCCAUGCCUAUCCCCCAAUGCCUCUGAACGGAGAGCCGGUUUGGAAGGAAGUUGCUGCUAUGUCUCAUAAUUUUGAUUUCCUAGUACAUGCUAUGCUCGGGUUGGCAGCAUCGCAUCUGUCUUUAAGUGGCGACACAGACUACACUGCCCAAGCACUAAGCCAUCGAGUUCACGCCAUCACACUACUAAAUCAAGCCUUGAGCAAACCAUGCAAAUCUAAGGUUGAAGCAGACGCCCGAAUCGCCACAGUUAUGACUCUCAUUUUCCAGUCCUCUUAUAUGUUUGAAGGCAUGGUGGAGUUCAUUAUCAUGAUCCGGGGCUGCAGGGCAGUUUCCGAUGCGAUUCUUCCCCGCUUAGAGAAUUCUCUGUUCGAAGGCUUUACCGCUGAGAGUCAUAAUAAGCACGUCUUAUCCCUUAACCCUGUAGAUGUUGUUGGAGAAAUAGCCGAUAUCCUAGGUGAAGGGUUGGUCGCAGUCAGGCGUCUGAGGCCGAUUUGUCAGAGCGUUAUAGAAGUCAAAUACCUCGGUAUUCUAGAAAGAAUUUUGGAAAUCGCAAAAAGCUCGCCCGUACAAGCAUUUACGGAAGCCGCCCUGGCGUACGCGAUGUUUGGCGAGCUGGAACAGAACGAGUUCAAGCACUUCACCAACCGACGAAAUUAUGCUGCGCAAAUUAUCAUAGUCCACUUUUUUAUCAUCGAGUAUAUUGUCGCGACUGUCGCGAUGGCGUCAAUUAUGGGAUCUUUUCCCUUUCGGAGGGCUAUUAUUUCAGCAUGGGCAUUAAAAGUUGCAGAAAAUGUGCCCUCUAACUAUAAUAUAUAUAUGAGCUGGCCGCUGGAGUUUGCCAAAUCUGACCGCCUGAGACUCAAAUCUGGCUGACAGCCUUGUUGUCUUAAGACUUUUAUUUGGGCAGAGAUGAG